AUGACCUUUAUUAAAAACAUUAUUAAAAAAAUCAAAACUAUUUCAUUCAAAAAAGAAAAAACAUUUGAAGACGAAAGGCUUUUGCCUAUAAGAGAUGAUUGGAAAGAUUGUUUUCAAGAUAUUGAAUGGAGAAAUUAUUUGUCUAGUUCAAUUGUCGAUAAAGAAGACUUUUUUCAAGCUUCCGAACCAACAGUUGAACGAGAAAAACAAUUUAUUACAAAGAUUAAAAUUGAUGAUUAUAUUAUAUUUACAAGAUAUGAAGAUUUCAGAAACUAUCUUGUUGACCAAAAUUUAAUCAACCCUUCACUAAAAAUUUAUUAUGAAACUUCCCACAAAAGACUAAAUAAUAUCUUGUCCUGGAUCGAAUUUCAUGUUCGUUCAACAUUUUACGGAUGGAAUGAAGGUUAUAAUUUUCAUUACGUCAACAAUACAUUAGAUCUAUUGAAUGAUGUAAAUAAAAGAAAUAUUGAAAUAAUUGAUAAAUAUUUAUUUGAAGUUAAUGAAUAUGUUAAAAAAUUUAAUGUAAAAUAUUUAUGGAGCUGGACAGACCUCGAGGAGUAUAACAAAAAAUUCUUAGCAUAUUAG